AUGAAAUUAGAGAUAACAAGACCAAAUACAACAAAAGCAAGAAAAGCUUAUUUAUAUUCUUCAGAAAUAAAACAUGAUACUAUACAGUAUGUUAUACUUGAGAAUCAGUAUCUCUGUACCAUGAAAGGAGAUAAGAAUAUUAGUAAGGGUCAAAUAGCUAUGAAUAAUUCACUUAGAAGAUUUAUAGGAAAGAAAGUUGGUGAUAAUGUUUAUUUAGAAUAUUAUAAAAAAGAUAUUAUUGAUGAAAUAGAGUUAAUGAAGAUUAACAUACUAGCAAUUAAUAAAAUAUCAGCAGAGAGAAUGACACCUGUUGAAUAUGAUAGUGAAUUGUUGAUUAGUGAAAUAAAAGACUAUUAUAUGAAUGCGGGAUUAAAUAAUAGUCAAGUAAUAGAUUUUUGUUACGAAGAAUAUUACUUUUACUUAGAGAUUGUUGAUAUGAAUAUCUUAUCUGGUAUGUUAACUAGUAAAACUAACAUAUCUUUAGAAUCUAAUCACCCAAAUUUAAUAUUGAAUCAAAGUAUAAAUAGUGAUUUAAUGAGACCUGAUUUUGCUUUUGAGAAAUUGGAUAUUGGAGGGCUUAAGAAAGAAUUUGAACAAAUGUUUAGAAGGGCUUUUGUUCAAAGAUUGUUUGACCCUAAAACGAUUCAGAAGUUAGGAAUGCAUCAUGUUAAGGGAAUUAUGCUAUAUGGUCCACCUGGAACUGGUAAGACGUUAAUUGCUAGAAAGUUAGGAUCACUUCUGAAUUCAAGAGCACCUAAAAUUGUUAAUGGACCUGAAAUUUUAAAUAAGUACGUUGGUCAAUCAGAAGAAAAUAUAAGAAAUUUAUUUGCUGAGGCUGAGAAUGAGUAUAAAAUGAAGGGUGAUCGAUCGCAAUUACAUAUAAUUAUUUUUGAUGAAAUAGAUGCUAUUUGUAAAAAGAGAGGAUCAGAUUCCAGUGGAGUCGGGGAUAAAGUAGUUAAUCAGUUAUUAAGUAAAAUUGAUGGUGUUGAUAGUCUUAAUAAUAUUUUGGUGAUAGGAAUGACAAAUAGGCUUGAUUUAAUUGAUGAUGCAUUAUUGAGACCGGGUAGAUUUGAAAUUAAAUUAGAAAUUUCUUUGCCUAAUCUAAAGGCGAGACAAGAAAUAUUUCAAAUCCAUACAAAGCAAAUGCAAGGUAAUAAUUUCUUAGAUGAAAAUGUUAAUCUAGAAUCACUUUCAAAAUUAACUAAGAAUUACACGGGAGCUGAAAUAGCAGCAGUUGUUAGAAAUGCAGUUUCAUUUUCAUUACAAAGAAAAGUUCAAACAGUUGAUGAUAAAACAGUUGUUAAGGAUGAGAAAUUUACUAUUUUAGAGAAUGAUUUAUUACAAGCAAUAAGAGAAAUUAAACCAGCUUUUGGUGUUGAUGAAAGUGAGUUGAUGUUAAAGAAAGUUUUAUAUGAAACAACGCAUUUUGUUAAUCUUUCCAAUUUAGGAAAGUUACAAAUAGAUAAAUUACAAAAAACUGAUAUUUAUAGAACCAGUUCAUUAUUGUUUUAUGGUAAGCCAGGGACAGGUAAAACAACUUUAGCAGUAAGAACUGCUCUAUCAUCACAAUUCCCAUUCAUCAAAAUAAUUAAACCAAAAGACUUAGUGGGGUUACCAGAACAUGAAAAAGUUAAUUAUAUUAAAGCUAAAUUUAAUGAUGCUUAUAAAUCAGAAGAGUCAAUAAUUGUAUUAGAUGAAAUUGAAUCAUUAAUAGAGUACGUAAAUAUAGGACCAAGAUUCUCAAAUAACAUACUACAAGCACUUAAAAUUUUUAUAAAAGAAGAAAGCGAUAAUAAACUGUUUGUGAUAGGAACAACAUCUCAAAUAGAGGUGAUGGCAGCAGCUGAUUUGGUAAACUGUUUUUCAGAAAUAACAGAAGUGAAAGAAUGUGACAAUACAGACUUUAAUGAUUUAUGUGAACAGGAUUCACUAUUCAAAUCAAUUAACUUUACUAAAAACAUUUCUAUUAGAAAGUUAUUGAAUCAAUUAGAAAUUCAAUAA